CAUACUAUUCUCGUCUCGACGGACAUUGGAAGAAGUGGCAGCCGCGUUGGCCAAACGUAAACGUAGAAUCGCACAUGUGCCGCCGAAAACUCGGGCUCGCUAAGAAGAAAAAACGCUUGGUCUAGAUCGAUGGAAGCGGUGUGCGACGCUGAACACAGUGGGCCACUAUAAAGCCGCAAUGUUGUGAAGAAGUAGGCAAUCGCACGACUGAUUGUGUUGACAUUCGCCUUGCCAAGCUUGAUCGCUUCCAGGGUCUAAACAGGAUAGCAACGUUUUGAAACCGUUGUCGGGGAACACGCGCCAGUUUGUAAAGACGUCAGGGCAACGGAAACCUAUCAACGGCUCAAUACAUACGCGCUUGUUUCACCACGUUAAGAGUGCGUGACGUCAUAAUAGCUUCCAACCCAAUCGCGCCCAGCCGGGAAUGAGUGGUACCGCGAGCAAUGCCUCGUUCUUUUCGUUCGGCCCCAAUGACAGCUACAUAUCCAAAAGCUUUGCGGGGCUCAAUUAUCGUAACCUCCCUUCCAGCCUCCAAGAUCUCCUUCUAGGUAGGUCUGUUUCCGAAGUACAUUGGGCAGCUCUAGGGCCGAUAACCGAAUCCUGGAUCCUGAGUUCCAAAGACUCAUCGGGCAGAAACAGCCUGCAGUGGGGCUCAUCUAUACCUUCACGACUCCAGAGUAUCCUGACCAAGACAUGGCACUCUCCACACCUGCGUGCCUUCUUGGGGCCCGACGACUCCUUCAUCAUCUGGCACCCUGAGCUCAUACGUUGGGCCAAUCUGCCACCGAGCCUAGAGGAUGCCGUACAGUCUUGGUUGACACCUUCUGGAUGGCGCGUAGGGCCGCCACGCAUUGUAACAUGGGGUCCUGAAGGUGCAUUCUUCGCUAUGAGUGAGUACGGUGACGUUGUAUACCGUUUAGGCGAUGUAGAUGCCUGGGAAAUUUACAAAGAGACGGUAGAAGAGUGGAAGGCGGAGAAGGGGUUUCUCUGGAGCGACCUGACUUUCAUCACGCUGGAUCCUACCAGCUCUGAUCAAUUCAUCGCAAUUCGGAACGAUGGGACAUGGGCUGGCUCCAUCGAUGAUGUCAACGAGGAAGCACUGGAGACUUUUGCACUCAACUUCUUUGCUCGAGCGAAGAAGAAGUCCAAACCUAGCACAUCCCAGUCGAGCGGGCAGAUGCCAAACGGUACCGACAAGUCUACAGAGGCGAAACCCGACGCCGCGACCCAAGCCCUCUACGAAAAAUGGUCUACAGAAGCGGCAGUCAUGUUCGCAGCCGCAUCAGCAGCAGCCGGAGGCUCGAAACCUAAAGCCCCACGGAAACUCCAAGUUCGUUCCCAGUCCAGUAGCUCAGAUGCCUCUAGACCGCCACUGCACCGCACGCCAUCUGCAUCGCCAAAAUUACUGUCCAUGUUCCCAUACCUGCCUAACACGAUUACGACCUGCAAUCUCACAGCAUGUACGAUUCUCAAAUCUGAACCAGAUAGCAUACACGCCUGCCAACACGACGUAGAAAAACUACUUCGAGCAAGCGGUUUGUAUAGCUACGAGUGGCUACGUCAGGAGCGCUUGCGAUGGCAUCCAGACCGCUUCGGACGGCUAUGCGAUGAAGAAUGGAGAGAAACUGGGAAGAAGCUCGCCGGCGAGAUGUUCAAACUCAUGAGCGUACUGAUAGAAGAUCUCAAAUUGCAUCAAGGCGAAGGCAGCGGUAGUAGGGGUGUAUAGGAAAUAGAAUUAAGAGA